AUGUCCCCGGGUCCCGAGAUCCCUGUGCAGGUGUGGGUGGACGGUCAACUCUUCCAGGCUGAGCAGUCGCUGCUGGUGGAGCACUGCGGCUUCUUCCGUGGGCUCUUCCGCUCUGGCAUGCGGGAGGGAGAGCGGCCGGAGCUAGCGGCCGACGACGAGUUGCUGCAGGCGGUGGAGUGCGCCGCGUUCCUGCAGGCGCCCGCGCUCGCGCGCUUCCUGGAGUACAGCGUAACAUCGGACAACUGCUCGCUGCUGUGCGACGCAGCCGCCGCUUUCGGUCUGCACGACGUGCUCCACAGCGCCGCGCUUUUCAUCCGCGACGGCGCGCACGAGCUGGUGGCGGAAUUGGAGCUGCCCGAGGCCCGUGCCUACGUGGCGGGGCUGCGACCCAGCACCUACGUGGCCGUGAGCACGCACACACCCACACCUGGCUUCCUAGAGGACGCGUCGCGCACCAUGUGCUACCUGGACGAGGAAGAGGACGCCUGGCGCACGCUAGCUGCACUGCCCUUGGAGGCCAGCACGCUGCUGGCAGGCGUGGCCACUCUGGGCAACAAGCUCUACAUCGUGGGUGGUGUGUGCGGCGCCAGCAAGGAGGUUGUGGAACUGAGUUUCUGUUAUGACCCAGAAGGUGGCACCUGGGGCGAGUUCCCCAGCCCGCACCAACCACGCUAUGAUUUGGCGUUGGCCGGCUUUGAAGGUCGCCUCUAUGCCAUUGGUGGCGAAUUCCAGAGGACGCCCAUGAGCUCCGUGGAGUGCUACGAUCCCACCACAGGCUGCUGGAGCUUUGUGGCGGACUUGCCACAGCCAGCUACAGGGGUUCCCUGUGCCCAUACGCGUGGCCGUCUUUUUGUGUGCCUGUGGAGGCCGGCAGAUAUCACUGCCGUCGUUGAGUACGUGGUGCAGAUGGACAAGUGGCUGCCGGUGGCUGAACUGUGUCAUUCGCAGAGCUACGGCCACUUUAUGGUGGCCCAUCGUGACAGUCUCUAUGUGGUGCGUAAUGGACCUUCUGAUGACUUCCUGCACUGUGCCAUCGAUUGCCUCAACCUGGUCACAGGCCAGUGGACAUCGCUACCUGGCCAGUUUGUCAACAGCAAGGGAGCACUCUUCACGUCCGUGGUGCGUGGGGACACCGUCUAUACUGUCAACCGUGUAUCCACGUUAGUGUACGCCAUUGAAGAUGGCACCUGGCGGCUGCUCAGGGAGAAGGCUGGGUUUCCUCGGCCUGGCUCUUUGCAGACCUUUCUUCUGCGGCUGCCGCCGGGCACUACUGGGCCUGUAGCCACCGCAUUGCCAGAGUUGUGAGCUCAGAAUGAUGUCAGAAGACUCGCGAGUCUUCAUGAGCCCUGACUAUGUGACUCUGGAUUGAGGAGUUCUUGGGAGUUCCUUUUUCCCUAUUGGGACACUCUGAUCUCUGCUUUCUGGUGGUGUGGAUAUCCAAGAAGCCCUGAGCAACGCAGAUUCCUGGGUCCUCAAAUCCCUUAGGCUCUGCUGAGAGCUGGUGGGUUACAAUCUCAGGGAAAAGGGUGGGGUUAUUGGACAAUCCGGGUUUGUAGGCGAAUAACCAACAAUUGAGCUGUGGCUAGAAGCGGACUGAAUGAUGUGCUAACCAAAAGCUAAUCAGCAGGCACGAAGGGGCAGCACAAUACUGGGCCUUUGGUGAGCUGUAGCUGUCAGUCAGGGUACUAAGAGCUUGGAGUCUAGCCUAGGAAACUCGGUCUUAACAGAAGUGUCAGGAUGACAAAAAAAAAAAAAAAGUCUACACAUAAUGUGCCUCC